AUGGAGGAGAGAAGUGAAGAGUCAUUAGUUUUCUCUGUCAGGGUCUUCACUCUGCAGGAGGAGUACAUGAAGACGCACGAGGAGGAGGUCCAGGUCCAGGAGGAGGUAAGCAGAGAGCAGCGUGUCAGUGUGUGCAGACAGAGAGCUGAGCAGGAGCUAACUCUCCACCUCACCACAGGACUGGAGGCUCAGCAGCUCACUGUACAGGAUGGCAACAGAGCAUCAGUCUUCCAGUUUGCUGUUUCCAAAGAGAUGGACUGCUGCCAGGUUGGAAGUCAGUCCUUCCUGAUCUCCAUUGGCAAACAGAGUCUUCUGCUGUGGUUCAAAAGUUCAACUGAUAUGAGGAACUUCCAGCAGUUAUUAAAAAGAAGCAAUGAUGAAGAGACCAUGAAAGGUUGCACAGAAAGAAAUGAGAGAGGAAGCAUGGGUGCAGAGAGCCAAAUACCUUCUAAGAGACAUCCCUCUAUGCUAGAAGCAAGGGCUGAACAUACCCAAACACAAGAAUACCAAUUCCACAGCUGUCUGUCCCAGCAGCAGAGCCUGCUUCAGGACUACCUGAGGACCGCCACCUAUCAGAGAGCGAUGUUAGUCAAUGAGACUGACUUCAGAGAUAAGGUAGUUCUGGAUGUUGGUUGUGGUUCUGGUAUUCUAUCUUUCUUUGCCAUCCAGGCUGGAGCCACCAGAGUGUAUGCUGUUGAGUCCAGCCCCAUGGCCAAGUAUACACAGAUCCUGGUCCAGAGUAACAGUCUGUCUGAGCGGAUCAGGGUCCUAAAGGGGGAGGUGGAGGAGGUCAGCUGUCCUGACAUGGUGGAUAUCAUUGUCUCUGAGCCAAUAGGUUACAUGCUGCUGAAUGAAAGGCUCAUGGAAAGCUUCCUGUAUGCCAGGAAAUGGCUCAAACCCAAUGGUAUGAUGUUUCCCUCCUUAGGUGAUAUUCAUCUGGCUCCCUUCAGUGAUGAGCAGCUCUACUUUGAACACUACGCACGAGCCAGUUUCUGGCAGCAGAGAAGCUUCUGUGGGGUUAACCUGAGUGCGCUUCACAGUGCUGCAGUGGAUGAGUUUUUCAGGCAGCCUAUAGUGGACACAUUUGAUGUGCAGAUCCUGAUGGCCAGGUCUGUCAAGCACUGCAUCAACUUCACGGAGGCUAAAAUAGAGGAUUUGCAAAGAAUGGAGAUUCCCUUUGUGUUUACACUGCUGCAGUCUGGUCUGGUUCAUGGAUUUGCCUUCUGGUUUGAUGUGGCUUAUUUGGGAUCCAAGUCGGCAGUAUGGCUCUCCACAGCUCCUACUGAACCUCUGACCCGCUGGUAUCAGGUCAGAUGUUUGCUUCAGACGCCGCUUUUUGCCAAGCUGGGACAAACUCUGUCCGGCACUGUUCUGCUGGCUGCUAACAACAGGAAGAGCUAUGACAUCCACAUUACAGCCACAGUCGAUCAAUCUGGCUUCAGAUCUGGAAACAUCCUGCACCUCAAGGACCCUUUCUUCAGGUCACUUAUGUCUCCCUUCUGA